ACUUCCAACCUGGUUUCUGAAGUUUCCUUCCAAAAUUGCUGACAUCAGGCUUUGUCCGGCACAGGGUAUGGCACGGUCCACAUCUCUAUUGAGAUACAUUUCCGGCUUCACAAUUUCUUAUUCAGAUCGACUUUGGGACUAGCCGCCUCUUAUUCAAGUCGAUAUGCAGUAUAGCCUCCCCUUGGAUUUCAUUAUCACCUUGUGCUUUUCGUGCAGCGAAGCUUUGUACAUGCACUUCAAGUCAGCUGUCAGGGCUGGGUUCUUUGGUCUGCCCUUUCUUCUGUCCUUCAUUGCCAUGUGCAGUCCAGAGGGGACGCUCCUGGCCCAUGGUCUCUUCGUUCCGGGUUCUUUAUGCAUCCUGAACCUCAAAGAAUUACCAAAAUGGCAACAAGCAUGAUGAAUAAGAGGUUCAAGUAUUAUUCUAAUUAACCUGUUCACAAUGUUGUCAUAUACCUCACAUA